AACAUUUUCAACGUGCGCAUAUUAUCUUUAUUUAAGAAAAUUGCGCAUUUGGUAGUGUCAUACGACUCGUGCCCUAAAUUUAUUUGUAUGCAUUGUAUGUAUAAGUGUUCUUUGUUUACUCAGGGUUAUGAAACAAUAAGAGAGAUUCUGUCGCCUGCUGAGCGCCAGAUUAAACUGAACCAUGUCAGGCGACGUACAACCAAGGAAGCGUAAGGAUAAGAAGAGGAAAAAAGAUGAUUUGGGAGUAGAUGAGCCGCGCGGGACGGCGGCGGCGCUUGGCGAGGGGGAUGUGUUUAUGCACUCGCAGCAUGACCAUGGCACUGGGGGCCACUGGUGUGCCAAAAUCAUAUUCUUCUCUCUCCUCUUUGUGCUGAUUGGGCUCAUUGGACUAAUUAUACUGGAAAACCGUGGCCUGUCUGAAUUGGAAGCUAACUCUGUACAAUCCCAAUACUCUGGUGUGCUAGAAGGUUGGCUAGAAGAUGCCCCAGAGGAUGACCACCAUGAUGAACAUACGCUGGAGCUAAAGCAUCAUGAUGAUCAUGAUGAUGACCAUGAUGAGGAAGGAGAAAAUAGUGAAGAAGCAGAUGAUGAAGAACAUGAAGACGACGAUGAUGAAGAACAUGAUGACGACGAUGAUGAAGACGAAGAACAUGAUGAUGACGAUGAACAUGAUGAUGAUGAAGAACAUGAUGGUGAUGAUGAACAUGAUGAGGUCCCUCAAGAUGAUGAUGAUGAUGAAGGACCUCAAGAAGAUGAUGAAGAACAAGAAGAGAACGACAGUGCAGAACAGGACUUAGAAGCUGACUAUGAGGAAGAAGAUGAACGAGAUGAUGAUGAUUUAAAAAAUGACGAAGAUAAUGAUGGAGAUGAACAAUUUAGCAAUGAAGUGGAACAAAAUGAUGAUUCAAAUGGCGAUGGGGAUGAAGAUAAUAAUCAGAGUAUUGAACAGGAUGAUGAUGAUGACGAUGACCACGAAGAUAAUCUUGAUAACGGAGAUAGCAAUGAACAAAACAAUGAGGAUGAAGAAGAACACGAGGAAGAAGAGGAAGACGCGUCACUAGAAGUGGAGAAGAUAGAGAAGGAAGCUCCCGAAGACGAGGACCCCAUCGAUGUCGAGCUGCCCGCCUUGCCUGAGGAAGAAGAUGACGAUGAUGAUGAUAAGGACCAAGGAUCCGUCGAAGAUGCAGGCCAUGACGCCGACGAUGGCGAUGACGGAGAUGACGGUGACGACGAUGAGGACACCAACGAACCCGACGACGACUUCCUAGAGGCCGACGAUGACGAACCGCCAGUGGAACGUAUCACCGCGCCCUCUGGCAAGCCAUUCGAUGAGGUGGAGGAUGAGCCUUCAUCCGAGAAGCCGACCGACACGCUGGAAGAGGAGGAAGAGUACGAGAAGCGCCAGGAGCAGCUCCGCAAAGAGGAGGCAGAGGCCUCGCAUAUGUGGCUGAAGCUGAGCAUUGGUGGCGCCCUGCUGGUCGCCACGCACGCUAUCGUACGCCGCGCCACCGCCUCCAGUGAUGUUCCACAAUCUGAAGAUGCUAGAGAAGUGACACCCUCUGUAGACCGACGCAUGACUCUGAUUCCGGAAGAACCGUCUGAACCCGUUCCGACUAAAAAGGUGUCACAAGAGAGUUCUCGGCCAAUACCUUCUAUCACAAGAAAAUCACCUACUUUCGAAGAAAGUGAGGAAGAAGGGGAAGAGGAACCUGUGACCUCUAAAAUUCAAGCAAUUAAAGAAGAAGAAAAGAAGGAACUUUACAGCGACGAAGAGGAAGCUGAGGAAGACUUCGAGGAGGAAGAACCAGUUGUUCAGAAAAAAGUGGCCCCCGCUGCGGCCAAACCACCUCCCAAGGAACCAACCCCAGAACCAGAGGAAGAUGUCCCUGACGACGUCGAAAUAAUUGACGACGAACAAAUCGAGGAGGGCGAGGAGGAAGUAGAGGACGAGGAGGAAAUAUCGGAUGUGGACGAUGAGGAGCUGCUGACGCGGCUGGAAGCCAAAUAUGGCCGGCUGCCGGAGCCCGAGCGACCGGCGAGACGCAAGGACGGUGGGAACAGUAUAGAGGACGGGUGGCCGGGCGAGCCCGCCGACGCCUACUGGCGCCAGCAGCUCGAUGACGCCGAGCGAGAGUUCAACCAGGGCGCUUUGAUGGCUGCGGCGGAUCGAGCGAGCGCGGCGCAGCUGAAAACCAGUGCCCGCGCGCGUUGGGUUGUGGCAAAAUCCUUGGAUGCCGCGGCGGAGAAGAAACGAGACAACGUGCUACUCGGACGUGCGAUAGCAGCAUACCUCGAGUUGCUUAAGAUGAACGAACGCCUGUCGAAUAAGAAACUGAUUGAAAUCGCAGGGAGAACUAUUAACAGGAUACAAUUUAGAGGGACCUACCUCAACGCGGAACCAGUGUACCGACUGCUCAUUCGCCGGUUUCCAGAUGAGCCUUCUCACAGGACCAAUUUAACUGUUAUGUUCCUGAUGGCCAAUAGAGGCGACCUAGCCGAAGAAGUGCUCAAAGAAACCCUCAAACGCUGGCCCAACGACCGCCUCGCCCUAGCCCAAUACGGCUUCAUAAUCAAAACCCAGCACAACCGCCUCGAGGAAGCCCUAGAUCACUUACAGAGGGCGCUCGAGGGCGACACGGGCCCCGCCACUGAACCUAGAUUUUAUUAUCACUUGGGAGAUACUUUAUUAUUGCUGGGGCGAUUUGAAGAAGCCCACGAAGUUCAUAAAAGAGGCGCAGCUCACGGGCACUUCCUUUCACCCGCUCAGCGCUCUCUAUACAAUGUUCCGAGACUAAAAGGCCGACCUUGGUGGAACAUAGAGGAAACUCCUUACAUUAAAUUGGCGCGUGAUUUAGAAAAGCAUUGGAAGGAAAUCCUAAAGGAGGGGGAAGCCGCGAGAGCGCUAUACGAGCAGGAGAAGGAGGGUCUGAAAGAGAGGGGAGAGUGGACGCAGCUGGAUCUGUUUGUGAGAGGGAGGGAGAUAGACGGGCGGUGUGCGCGCGCGCCCGUCACGUGUGCGGUGGUGCGGCGGGAGGUGGCGGCGGCCGGCUGCCGGCGCGGACAGGUCAAAUUCAGCUCUAUGCGCGCCGGCACGCACGUACGGCCGCACGUCGGUCCCACCAACUGCCGGCUCCGGAUGCACCUUGGGCUCAGCAAUACCAAAGAUACUUUCAUACGCGUUCACCGGGAAACCAGGCAGUGGGAGAUAGGCAAGGUGUUCAUGUUCGACGACAGCUUCGAGCACGAGGUGUGGCACAACGGCACGGGCUCGCGGCUCGUGCUCAUCGUCGACGUGUGGCAUCCCGAGCUCACCGCCGCCGAGCGGAGGCAACUGCCGGCCAUUUAGACCUGAUCCAACCUAGCUGGAAUAUGAGACGACGGCUAACACGAGGUGUGGCACAACGGCACGGGCGCUCGGCUCGUGCUCAUCGUCGACGUGUGGCAUCCCGAGCUCACCGCCGCCGAGCGGAGGCAACUGCCGGCCAUUUAGACCUGAUCCAACCUAGCUGGAAUAUGAGACGACGGCUAACACGAGGUGUGGCACAACGGCACGGGCGCUCGGCUCGUGCUCAUCGUCGACGUGUGGCAUCCCGAGCUCACCGCCGCCGAGCGGAGGCAACUGCCGGCCAUUUAGACCUGAUCCAACCUAGCUGGAAUAUGAGACGACGGCUAACACGAGGUGUGGCACAACGGCACGGGCGCUCGGCUCGUGCUCAUCGUCGACGUGUGGCAUCCCGAGCUCAUCGCCGCCGAGCGGAGGCAACUGCCGGCCAUUUAGACCUGAUCCAACCUAGCUGGAAUAUGAGACGACGGCUAACACCAGGUGUGGCACAACGGCACGGGCGCUCGGCUCGUGCUCAUCGUCGACGUGUGGCAUCCCGAGCUCACCGCCGCCGAGCGGAGGCAACUGCCGGCCAUUUAGACCUGAUCCAACCUAGCUGGAAUAUAAGACGACGGCUAACACGAGGUGUGGCACAACGGCACGGGCGCUCGGCUCGUGCUCAUCGUCGACGUGUGGCAUCCCGAGCUCACCGCCGCCGAGCGGAGGCAACUGCCGGCCAUUUAGGCCCGAACUAACCUAACUGGAAUAUGAGACAGCUCCGAGCACAUCGUCGACGUAGGUAUAUUCACAGCAAAAGUAACGAGUCAGGAUUAUUUUUGUUCAUGAUGCAAACUAAAGUAUGAUUUUUAUCCCUAGAUAUAUUGACACUUAAUUUUGCAUCGCGUUAGUUUUUCAUGGAAUAACCCGGUUAACCAUAUUCAUAUUUCAUAUUCAUAUUUUUAUUGAUAAAGAUAAUUAAUUACACGUUAAAAAUACAUAUGUCAAUCAUAAUUCAUUAAUUAUAAAUUAAAAAUCAAAGUACAUACAAUGUAGACAUCAGAAAAAUUCAAUAAAUAAUAGUUUUAUAUUAACAAUAUUUCACAGCGACAAAAAAUGCCAAUAAUAAAUUUCACACUAAAAUACCUACUGCAAACAUGGACUUUACAAUUUACAUAUUUACAUUUUGUGUGUGGAUCGAUGACACUUUAUCGAAAAAUUCAUCGAUGGUGUAACAGGCCAUUUCUAAUAAUAUUUUUUUGAUUUUAUUAGCAAAUGUGAUGUCACUAGGGGCAUCUCUGAUGUCGGCAGGUAACGCGUUGAAUAAUUUGACUCCUAACACACCGACGGAUUUCCUGGCUUUAGCGGUAGUAUGGGGCGGGACCAAAAGCAGACUUCCCCCGCGCGUGCUUCUACCUGACUGCUGCUCACGGGUUUUAUACGAGCUGAGAUUACUUCUAACAUACUUACAUGCUUCUAAAAUGUAGACACUAGGUAAAGUUAGGAUUUUAUAUUUAAUGAAUAAGGCCAGUGCUGAGUGGUCGUAAGGUUUCCCCGCGAUUAUUCGUAUUGCUCUCUUUUGGAGCUUGAACACUCGCUCGCGAUCAGCCGCUGUCCCCCACAGAUCGACACCAUAAACCAAACAGGAAACUGAGAUUAAACGACAUAGUUCUAAGGACCAAUUGUGGUAUAAACUCUUGUUCCGGUUGCUCUUAACAAUUGGUGAAACUUCACGCCAACACGUGUCAUCUUGACAAUACAAAACAUUAUUAUUUCCUAAGGACCAAAUGUGGUAUAAACUCUUGUUCCGGUUGCUCUUAACAAUUGGUGAAACUUCACGCCGACACGUGUCAUCUUGACAAUACAAAACAUUAUUAUUUCUGACUGGUUAAUAUUAUAUUUGGCUCCCACAACCUUAAUUGUCAUCUCAUCAAUUAUACAAGAAAGAUAUCAUGAUCUGUGUAAAGAAUGUAUGAAGUUCUGUGAGGCGAUGGAUAAGCGUGAAUCUUCUGUCUUGUAUUAGUUUUUCUUUCACACAUUUGUUCUGUUUGUCCUUUAUAGACUGUAUCAUGUAACUAGUUUGUAUAAAUAAAUACUGUCUAUCAUAAAUUUCACAGUGUAUUAGUUCGCUGUAAGUCUGUGUACAUUUUUUUAACCAAUACAAUAAAAAAUCAUUGUUAGGGAAUUUUUAGUUUUCUAUGUGGGCGUCAUACUUAAUUAUUUACCAGUUUCUUUUUAUCCUGUUUAGGCCACGCUUACAGAGCGUCAGUCCGUUUAGACUGUAGUACGUGUAAUAUAUUGUCUAUUUUCGCUCUAUCACACUUAAGGGAAUGCGAGGGAUCAAGCCUAUGUACGUACUUAAUACCUAUCAGCGUUUAUACGCAAUAUUUCACAUAAAAAGUACAUAAAUCUGUUCUAAAGAACCAAUGUAUUCUAUUAUAAGUUUAUUUAAUGAUAAUGAUUGAAUGGUUGAAUAUUUUUUUAUCACCUUGAAAAAAAGGAUUUUUUGAAAUUUCAAAAUCAAGUCUCAUUUGUGUUAAUAAUAUUUGCAUUUGUCUUGGAAAGACGCCGAUUGUAUGAAAUGUAAUGUGAUAUGAUUGUUGCGCGAUUUUGUUACUAUUGUAAGGUAAUUUAAGACUUAUUUAUUAAUAAAAGUGAAUAUGAUUCCAAUGCUCGAUUAUAAA